AUGGUGGCAUCCAUCAAAUUAGGGUUACAAUUUCCAUGUAGCUUGAGCAACAAUGUGGUUAAGCUAGGGUUUCAUUAUUCUUCAUCACCAUCACCUAAUAAUAAGAGAAGAGUUUCAUUAAUGGUGAAUGCAAAUUCUAAUAGAAGAUUAGGAGGAACAAUAAAUAAUGGAGAAAAUAAUAACAUAAAUGAUAAAAAUUAUAAGGUGAAUGGGGUGCGUGUGGCCGAGGCUCCUCUGACUUUGAGAAAAUUAAAGGAAGAUUCAGCAGAGGAAGCUCUUGUAACUUGCAUGCAUGGAAGGUUUCAGGAGGGUAUUUUCGUCUAUAGGCAGAUUUUUGCUAUAAGGUCUUAUGAGAUUGGGCCAGAUCAAACUGCUACUAUGGAGACCAUCCUCAAUUUUCUUCAGGAAACUGCUCUAAAUCAUGUGGCAAACUCUGGAAUAGGUGGUAAUGGAUUUGGGGCAACACGCCAGAUGAGCAUCCGAAAACUCAUCUGGGUUGUUACUCGCAUUCAAGUUCAAGUCCAGAGAUAUAGCAGUUGGGGGGAUAUAAUUGAAAUUGAUACUUGGGUUGAUGCACAUGGAAAGAAUGGAAUGCGCAGAGAUUGGGUAAUCAGAGAUCACUUCACUAAAGAAGUCAUUGUAAAAGCUACAAGUACGUGGGUGAUGAUGAAUAGAGAAACAAGAAAACUUUGCAAGAUACCUGAAGAAGUAAGGGAAGAGCUUACUCCAUUUUAUAUUAAUAGGUUUGCUAUUUCUAAUGAAGACACAGAUUCUGAAAAGAUUCAUAAGCUUACUGAUCAGGAUGCUGAGAACAUCCAAACUGGAUUGGCUCCAAGGUGGAAUGACAUGGAUGCUAACCAGCAUGUGAACAAUGUGAAAUACAUAGGAUGGAUUUUGGAGUCCUUGCCAAUGAAAGUGCUAGAAGAUUAUUACAUGACAAGCAUGACAUUGGAGUUUAGGAGAGAGUGUACACAAUCUAACAUGUUGGAAUCAAUGGCCACUCCAACAUCAAAGCUCAUUCAUGGAAACAAUUUCAUUAAUAGAAAAGUAAACAACAAUUUGCAAUUCACACACUUGCUUCGUCUUUUAGAUGAUGAUCAAAGACCUGAAGUCGUUAGAGCCAGAACUGAAUGGCAUUUCAAGAACUAUGCUGAUUCAAUUUAA